AUGGAACUCUAUUGGAUCUACCAGCACCUGCCAAUCGCGUUCUGCAUCUUCGCAUUCAUUGUCAACCCCAUAGUCAUAUUUCUGAUAUUCUCUGAAAGAUCUUCAGUGCUUGGCAAUUAUCGAUACCUUUUGUUAUACUUUGCGGUUUUCAAUUUGAUCUAUUCGGUGGCAAAUGUAUUGGUUCCACUGGUACGAUAUUCACAACUAUCGCUACUGUUUUCUUGUCAUCAUUAG